AUGGCAGCGACGCUCUUCUCGGGAACUCUGUCGUUUCAUGCUGAGGUGCAGCAACACCGAUCUCAUGUGAAGUACCAACAAUUGAAGUAUUCGCUUGAGACAAUUGCUGGGGGGAAAAUCAGUGACGAUGGUGUUUUCGUCACCUUAAACUGCUUGCCUUUCUCCCUAUCAGUAGAUAACAUCACCCAGCAUACUCGAACUGUUCUCCUACUUAAGAGUAGAAACAGAGUGCAGCGCAGCGUUUGCGUUGCAUCUCUCAAAGACCAGCAACAGGAGGGGAGGAGACUGCAUUCUUCCAAAUCUCCCCAGAGGACAGUGGAUUUUCUCGCAGCAGAACCCGAUGAAAAUAGCGUCAGCUUGGAGGAAGAGGUCAAGUCCGAGGAGGCCAUUUCGGGAACAAUCGCAAGCACCGUCGUAGCCAUUGUUGCGCUUCUCGCAGUCGUGGGAACUAGUGGAGCUCUGGGCGUUGUGUUCAAAGUACAAAUAAAUGACAUUCUCACUCAAUUCUCGGAUUUUCUGGAAGGUUAUGGUCCUGCUGGAUAUGCCCUCUUUGUGAUUGCGUAUGCAGUAUUAGAGGUUCUUGACAUUCCAGCUAUUCCAUUGACGAUGUCAGCUGGGUUGCUGUUUGGUACUCUAUACGGGACAAUUCUGGUCUCCAUUUCAGGCACGCUUGCAGCAACAGCUGCUUUUCUGAUAGCGCGAUAUUUUGCGAGAGAUCGUAUUUUGAAGGUGGCACAAAAUAAUCCGAAGUUUCUGGCAAUAGAUAAGGCUGUUGGUGCAGAUGGCUUCCGGGUGGUAACUCUGCUGCGGCUCAGUCCCUUGCUUCCUUUCUCUCUUGGAAACUACCUAUAUCGUCUCACGUCCAUCGAAUUAGGCCCCUAUGUGCUUGGAAGCUGGUUGGGUAUGUUGCCUGGGACAUGGGUAUACGUGAGCGCAGGUGCAUUUGGAAGGGCUUUCAUCGUAAGUUACAAUUGUACAUUAUAUUUGCAACAUGUGUUUUUCUCAGCUGUUGUGUCUCUGCGUAGUGUGCAUUGAGACAUUUGCAAACGUUGUGUUGAGAUAAUUGCAGUUUGCCAUUUGUUGAAUAGAAGUUUUAUUAGUUGAGGGUUUCUACUUCUAAGACUGUUGUAAAGCGACGAUCUUACAUGUAAUCUGAUUGGUAGUUGGAAGGUCAAACAUGCUUGAAAUGCCUCACCAGUUGUAGAUUGUAUCAGACUUGCUUCUGAAAGGGUCUGUUCGAUGAUUUGUAAAAUUUCGACUUGAAUGUCGUUUUUCUUUUUUUUCCCUUUCUUUCUUUCUUUUUUCUUUUUCAGAGGAAGCCUUUCCAGAAGCAAGGAUCAGAGGCAGCCUUCCCAGAAGGUCCAGAAAGUUACUGGACACUAGGAUUAGGCUUGGUGGCCACCAUUUUGCAGCGUUGUAUGUUGGUAAACUAUCCAAGGACGCAAUGGACAUGGAAGAUGUUUUAGGCCGACUGUCAUGUGGAGUCUGUACAGUGCUACUCAGUCCUAGCAAGGUGGAGCUUAUCGAAAGGGGCGUCAGGCUAAUACUUAUCAAGCUGACACUAUUGAAAUAGUCACAGUGUACAUAUAUUCAUUUGUGAUUCUUCUCACAUAUGAAACUUGGAACUAGAUGGUAAAGCAAUAGUUUUGUGGUAGACCAACAGUCUUUAUCAGUCGAGCUGACUUCUACAAUAUGAUCUUACAAUUUUGCAUGUUAAAUUCGAGUCAUCGUAAGUACAACUGUAAUUUAACGACGUUCAUGUCGAUGUAGGGUUAUGACUGCCAUGCAGAGUUGGAUUCUACUUAUAAGUUGCGACAUGAGUCAUAGGUGGAGUUGGCAAGAUGGAGCACGUAGUUCGGUAUGAUUUUUGGCUGUUAGGGUGCUUGUUCUCAUCGGCCCUUUCAAAUACUUGGAAGGAUUUCAGUGUAUUGUGUUGAAGCAUUUGCAACCCUCUUGGUUGGGAGCAGCUGAGACAGAUGCAAGCUGCUUUCAGGAAUCUUACUCGUUUUAUGGGGCAGCUUUGAAGGAUGUGACCCGUUGAUUCUCAUCACCUACUUGUGCUGUCUUCUGUCAGGGUUGUAAAGCUUCAACAAGACAUCUGCCCAUGCACAUCAGUAGGUGUUUUUUUUUCUCUGUCGUUAUCUUGCUCUGGGUUUCGCUUUUCUUUUGUUGAAGCUGGUUCUGACUGCUUGGUAUCUUCUCAGGUACUGGAAAAAGAAUCUUCGUUUUCUAACGGAUACUCUCUUGUGAGUUGUCUUAAGUUUUUAUUUUUGGUUGACAACUAUUAUGAGAAAACCUUUACUACAAUAAGUCUCUUCUCCCAAGCUUGGUGGAGUCGUUACUGACCGAAUAAUCCCUACGAAGCUCUAAAAGAAUCAAAAUGCACGAUUAUUAUAAAACUUGAUCUUGCUUAACGGGAAGAGUUUACAUAUUGAGCUAGGCCUCAAACAUAAUGAGUUCUUCAUGCUUGAUGAAACUUAUGUUCUAUUGGUUAAGAAAUAAUGUAUCUUGAAUUAGAAAACUUUUAAAAUACAGUAACAACUUGAGGAGUAUUGUACAUACAAAGAGAUAUUUAUUUGGAGCACAUUGUAACAAACAUUUAUACAAGACAAAGAUUUAAACUAAGGAUGUGUUUUAAAUUCUAAGAUUGUAAAACAAUAAUGUGUUUAAAUUGGUAUUAUAUUAUAAGAUAAGAUUGGUGCAAAGAGGAUAUUAAAAAAUGAUGUCAAUAAUGCAAAAUUUGAUUUUUUUUUCUUUCUUGAAACUAAACAUUUAUAUAAUAAAAUUAA